GGUUGCCAUGUGCACACUCGUUCGGUACGGUGAGAUUUGUUUUGAUGCACUGGGGUAAUCUCGAUUAUAGUUAUAAUGUCGGAUAGGGUUGCUAGUGACGAUGAAAAUUUGCUGGAGCGGAUGCCUUCUCCGAAAAUAAGGCAUAGGGUUAAAGUACUGGUCGAAUGGCGUAGUGAAGAAAUAUACAAAUUGAUUGCAGCAGUCGAAUCAAGACAACUGCUUUGGAAUUCUUCGCACAAAGAUCACAUGUGCAAAAUUAUGCGCGAAGAAGCUUGGCAAGAAAUUGCUGCGGAAUUUGACGGCAAGUUUGAUACCGAUCAACUGGUAGCAAAAUGGUAUAACCUGAGAAUACAAUUCAAAGCGUAUUUCGCCGCAAGAAAAAAACGAUUCACGGCAGGAGGAACAGACCGCACAACAUGGAAAUACUUUAUGCCAUUAAUGUUUAUUGCUGGCGGUACAAGAAAGCAACAACAAAUGGUUGCUGAUUGCGAUCUCAAUACUACCGAUCAUCCAAAGAAACCAGCAGUUCGAUCAAAACCAGCCGUCAAACGACAUCACCAGAUUCAGCGUACACAAAAUACCACACUACAUUCUUCGGCAGAUGACAUAAUUCAUAUAACGAAAACCUUAGCUAGCGUACAGCAAUCUUUGCAAAGUAUGCAAAAGGUGGACAGUUUCCAAGUCUUCGGAAAUUUUGUGGCGGAGGAAAUACGCAAAAUACCUGAGCCAGUGGUGGCAAAUCAAGUACAGAGGAAGCUGACACGUUUUCUCAUGGACUGUAUGGAUGAAGUUGACACCGCGUAUUGCAGUCAGUCAAUGAAUAAGAACGAUUUUUAAUUUCUGUUUUUCUCUAUUGUUCAAUAAACCAUUCAAACUAGCAUUACUCGA